CCUACGGCCGCCGCUGCGGUGCCUGGGGUGGGGCGGCGGCGGUGCUAGAGGCGGCCGGAGAUGAGCCUGGAGCGCGAUCUUCGCCAGCUGAGCAAAGCCAAAGCCAGGGCCCAGAAGAGCGGGCAGCUGCGCGAGGAGGCCGCCUGCUGCCAGCAACUGGGGGAGCUGCUGGCCGGCCAUGGCCGCUUCGCGGAAGCCCUGGAAGAGCACCAGCAGGAGCUGCAGCUUCUGGAGUGUGCCCUGGACCCCUUGGGCUGCGCCGUGGCUCAUCGCAAGAUCGGAGAGCGGCUGGCCGAGAUGGAGAACUACUCUGCUGCCCUGCAGCACCAGCACCGUUACCUGGAGCUAGCUGGUUCCCUGUCCAACUACACUGAGCUGCAGAGGGCCUGGGCUACCAUUGGCCGCACCCACUUGGACAUCUAUGACCACUGCCAGUCCAAGGAUUCCUUGCUGCAAGCACAAGCUGCCUUUGAAAAAAGCUUGGCUAUUGUGGAUGAGAAGCUAGAAGGAACAUUGGGCCAGAGAGAGCUGAGUGAGAUGAGGACCCGGCUGUAUCUCAACCUGGGACUCACCUUUGAGCGUCUACAACAGAUGGCCCUGUGCAAUGACUACUUCAAGAAAAGCAUCUUUCUUGCUGAACAGAAUCAUCUCUAUGAGGAUCUAUUCCGGGCCCGGUACAACUUAGGGGCCAUCCACUGGUGUGCAGGGCAGCAUUCUCAGGCCAUGCGCUGCCUGGAGGGGGCCCGGGAAUGUGCACGUGCCAUGAAGAUGCGGUUUAUGGAGAGCGAGUGCUGUGUGACCAUCUCCCAGAUCCUCCAAGACCUGGGGGACUUCCUGGCUGCCAAACGAGCCCUGAAGAAGGCCUACAGACUAGGCUCCCAGAAGCCUGCACAGAGAGCAGCUGUCUGCCAGAGUCUCAAAUAUGUGCUGGCAGUGAUCCAGCUGCAGCAGAGGCUGGAGGAGGCGGAGGGCAGUGACCCUCAGGGUGCCUUGGCCAUCUGUGAGCAGCUGGGGGACUUGUUCUCCAAGGCAGGCAACUUUCCCAAGGCGGCUGAGGCUUACCAGAAGCAGCUCCGUGUUGCUGAGCGGCUGGACAGACCAGACCUGGAGUUGGCCAUCAUCCACGUGUCCCUGGCCACCACACUUGGAGACAUGAAGGACCACCGCCAGGCUGUGUACCACUAUGAAGAAGAGCUGAGGCUGCGCAAGGGUAAUGCCCUGGAGGAAGCCAAGACCUGGUUCAACAUUGCAGUGUCUCGUGAGGAAGCUGGUGAUGCAUAUGAGCUGUUGGCACCAUGCUUCCAGAAGGCUGUGAGCUGUGCAGAGCAGGCCCAGCAGCCCUGGUUACAGCGGCAGGUCUUGCAACACCUUCAUGCCGUGCAGCUGAGGUUACAGCCUCAAGAGGCUCCUGGGACUGAAACCAAACUGCAGGAACUUAGUGUGGCUGAGGGGGAGGAGGAGGAGGAGGAGGAGGAGGCCGAGGCUGGUGAGGCCCUGGAUACCAGUGAGCUGGAACUCUCGGAGAGUGAGGACGACACCACCAGCCUCUCCCGGCCACUGGAAGAUGAGGAGCUUCAGGGCUACCUGGGCCGGCGGCAGGUGAACAAGUGGAACCAGCGCAAUGACCUGGGAGAGACCCUGCUGCACCGAGCCUGCAUCGAAGGCCAUCUGCGCCGCGUCCAGGACCUUGUGAGGAGGGGGCACCCCCUGAAUCCUCGGGACUACUGUGGAUGGACUCCUUUGCACGAAGCCUGCAACUACGGGCAUCUGGAGAUCGUCCGCUUCCUUCUGGACCAUGGGGCUGCAGUGAAUGAUCCAGGUGGCCAGGGGUGUGACGGCAUCACCCCAUUGCACGAUGCUCUGAACUGUGGCCACUUUGAGGUAGCUGAGCUGCUCAUUCAGCGAGGGGCAUCCGUUACCCUACGAACCAAGAAGGGCCACAGCCCACUGGAGACAUUGCAGCACUGGGUGAAGCUGUACCAGAGGGACUUAGACCUUGAGACGCGACAGAAGGCAGCAGCCAUGCAGAGGAAGCUCCAGGCGGCCUCCUCUGGCUCAGCCCCAGACGGCUCCUCUGACCUCCCAGCUGUUCCAAGUGACCAUCUGUUUGACCCUGAGAUCUCUCCUCCUUCUAGCCCUUGCCUGUGUAUCCCUAGACCAGCAGAGGCCCCCCUGGUCCCUUCUAGGGUCUCCCCAGAACAGGUCACUCCAGCUGUGGCCAGGCCUCGAAAAGGCAGGCACAGGCCAGCCAGCAGCAGCAGCAGCAGCUCUGAGGAUGAGGACUGCGUGGGCACCCUCAGGCCAUCUCAGAAGAAGCACAGAGCCUCCGGCGUGAUGCUGGGUGGGGUUCGGAAGCCUGGCCCUACCAACAGCAAGGAGGCAGCUGCAGUCCAUGCUGGCCGGGCUACCUGCAAGGCAGCCAUCCGAGGUGAGGGCAGCGCGCAGAGCCGAUGCCUGAGCUCCUGUCCUCCUCGGGAUUCAGGGGAAGCCCCCUCCUCCCCAGCAGCACUGAUUCCUGAGGAAGAGUACCUGUCGGAGGACUGGCUAGAGCUGGACACACCCCUCACCCGCAGCCGAUUGCCCCGCCUUCCCCGGCCCCAGGGAAGCUGGGAUAAUCGCAGACCCAGUGCCUCAGGGUCAGCUGAGGAGGAGCGCCCUGUCAGGCCCCAAGCCUGGAGUAAGCAGAGCCACCUGGCCUGUGUGCCGAGCAAAGCUGGAGCUGGCAGCUUGGCUACAGAGCCCCAGAGAAUCCCCAGUGCGCCCAGGGUCUUGGGGCCCAGUGGAGAAAACCUCGCCGCAGGGCAGUCUUCAGUUCUGAUCCAGCCACCUUCCAUCCGAGUGCGAGUUAGAAUUCAGGAUCACCUCUUCCUCAUCCCUGUCCCGCACAGCAGUGAUGUCCACUCCGUUGCUUGGCUGGCUGACCAGGCUGCCCAGCGCUACUACCAGACUUGUGGGCUAUUGCCAAGGCUCACCCUGAGGAAGGAGGGAGCCUUGCUGGCCUCACAAGACCCCAUUCCUGAUGUACUGCAGAGUGAUGAUGAGGUAUUGGCCGAAGUGACCUCGUGGGACCUCCCCCCGCUGACUGACCGGUACCGCAGAGCCUGCCAGAGCCUCGGGCAAGGAGAGCACCAGUGGGUGCUGCAAGCCAUGGAGUGCCAGGGUUCAAGCCCUUCAUUUAGCGCUUGCUCCCUGGCCCUGCGUCAGGCCCAGCUCACACCCCUGCUGCGAGCCCUCAAGCUGCACGCUGUGCUCCGGGAGCUGCACCUGGCAGGGAACCGGCUGGGUGACGGAUGUGUUCCUGAGCUUCUGGCUGCCCUGGGCACCAUGCCCAGCCUGGCCAUCCUUGACCUUUCCUCUAAUCACCUGGGCCAGGAAGGUCUACACCAGCUUGCUGGGGGGCCCCUGGGCCAGGCUGCCUUGAAGAACUUGGAAGAGCUGGACUUAAGCAUGAACCCACUGGGGGAUAGCUGUGGCCAGGCUCUGGCCUCUCUCCUGCGGGCCUGCCCCUUGCUCAGCACCCUGCGUUUACAGGCCUGUGGCUUCAGCUCCAGCUUCUUCCUGAACCACCAGGCAGCCUUGAGUAGUGCCUUCCAAGAUGCUGAGCACCUGAAGACUCUGUCCCUGUCAUACAAUGCUCUGGGUCCCCCUGCCUUGGCCAGAGUCUUACAGAGCCUGCGUGUCCGCACCCUCCUGCACCUAGAGCUUGGCUCCGUUGCGGCCAGCAAGAGCAACUUGGGCCUCAUGGACUCUGUUGUCAGCUACCUGACGAAGGAAGGCUGCACUCUGACCCACCUGACCCUGUCUGCAAACUACUUAGGUGACAAGGCUGUGAGAGAGCUGAGCAGGUGUCUCCCUCUCUGCCCCACACUCAUCUCCCUGGACCUCUCUGCCAAUCGUGAAAUCAGCAGUGUGGGCCUAGGUGAGCUUCUGUCUGCCCUUCAAGAGCGGCCCCAAGGCCUCAGCUUCCUUGGCCUGUCAGGUGAGGACGACGUGGCAGCCAUUCCUGCCGUGCCCCCGCCAAGCCACGCAGCGUCCUUCUCAGUGACCCAGGGAUCUCCUAGAGGGCUGUCCCAUGACGGGCAUAACCCCGAGGAGGGAGGGAGGCAGGGGAAGCCUGGGGGUGUCCGCCUUGCACUGGCCAGCAAAGGGAGGCUCGGGUCAAGGUGGUAG